GGUAGUAGGUAUUUUCUACUCCUUUGUUUUAGCUAAGCCAGGACCGGCAGGACUACGUGGACUGUCUGCAGCAGAAAGGGCUGUGAGUCGUCAAAACUGUCUGUACGAGUACACCUUCUCAAAGUAAGUUGGGGCGCUUUCGCGCUAUGCGUCGUGUAUGGACUUCAGUCACAAAUCUGGUACUGGAGUCGUACAAACCCUUUCCAAAGUCGUACAAGCCCAUGAACUGGGCCAAUUAAAAUAACAAGUGCAAGUGGAAGCUCCAGAUAAAUGGCGUACUUGUCCAAAUAUCGAUCUCUCUACUCCUUUGUUGGCGACGAGUGCACGUACUGUCUGUAGCAGGGUGUCGUCAAAAACGGUAUUUUACGACUUUCUGGUCUGUACACCUUUUCAAACAUUGGUGGGCCAUGUGGCCUCUCGCGCAAUGCGUCCCAUGAACUGGACCAAGUGGGCCAUGGGAAGCUCCAAGGCCAUAGAUCUACUUGUCCAAAUAUCGAUCUGUCUACUCCUUUGUUGGCGACGAGUGCACGUACUGUCUGUAGCAGGGUGUUGUCAAAAACGGGAUUUUACGACUUUCUGGUCUCUACACCUUUUCAAACAUUGGUGGGCCAUGUGGCCUCUCGCGCAAUGCGUCCCAUGAACUGGACCAAGUGGGCCAUGGGAAGCUCCAAGGCCAUAGAUCUACUUGUCCAAAUAUCGAUCUGUCUACUCCUUUGUUGGCGACGAGUGCACGUACUGUCUGUAGCAGGGUGUUGUCAAAAACGGGAUUUUACGACUUUCUGGUCUCUACACCUUUUCAAACAUUGGUGGGCCAUGUGGCCUCUCGCGCAGUGCGUCCCAUAUGGACUUCAGUCAAAGAAGAACUGUAUACUGUGUACAAACCAUUGAGCUUGACCAAGAGGAGAGCUCCAGAUAAGGGCGUGCUUGUCCAAAAAUUGAUAUGAUUUCUUUCCAUUUACGUCUACACCAUGGCGGAGGAUGGAGGAAUCCGCAUUGGAACUAAAAAGCGAGCGGUGUCCAAGACGAAGGACAGAAACGCCGAGAGUUUUUGGUCGUCCUUCGACGAAAUAAAGAAAGUCUGCAAGCUGAAGGCAGAGAACCCGAAGUGGGGGAAACGUAAAAUCGCAAGUCAUCUGGCAGAACAAUCGACGACAGUGUCAAUCUCCACAGUACAGAGGUACUACGAGACUUUCUUGUUUGACUUGGAGGAAGACUGCCUAUUCCACAAGUCCACGGAGCUCACAGAGAUCCAUCGUCGUUGUGUCACUCGCCAGUCGCUUAUUGACCUCAUCAUCAGUGAGCACGAGCGCGACCAUCGCCAGGGGGAGGCCUGUUACAACACGCUGCGGGCUAACUAUUAUCCAGUUGUGCGUGACACAGUUUUAGCAUUAUUUAAGACAAACGUCAACUGCACUGCUUGCCAUCGACAGGCACCUCUACCGAAAACCACCCUCACACGGCGCACCAUCUUGGCUACCUACCCCAACAGUAGGUGGCAAAUGGACUUGAAGAAGCUCCCGAGUGUACGGGGUUACGAGUACUGCUGCAAUGUGGUGGACUGCUUCUCCAGGUUUGCUAUGGGUGGCCCCAUCAAGAGCAAGAGCGCUAAGGACGUCUGCAAUGUUAUUGUCAGCUGUAUGUACAGGUAUGGUGCACCUCGUAUAUUGCAGACUGACAAUGGCAGAGAGUUUAAUAACUCUAGCCUAGCAGCUGUCAUGGACGAAAUGCGUGCACUGAAGAUUAAUGGACGGCCGUACCAUCCGCAAUCACAAGGUCGUGUCGAGCGUCUUAAUCAGACGCUAGCCAAUUUUCUCCGCCGGGACCUCCAGAAGGAACCCGAUUGGCCCUCUCGUCUGGAGUACUUUUACUUCACCUACAAUUGCAGGGUCCAUCGAUCUCUCAAGGGAAAGUGCCCCAUUGAGGUGUACUUGAGAAGGCCCAACUUCAGCAUCUUUGUUGAGCCUUCUCGCACACAGCUGACUGAAGAUGAACGCCAGUAUCUGGAUGAGGCUCACCUUGAUAUUGACGGUGACUCUGAUGUUGACGAUAGCAGUGUAUCCAGUGAUGUGCUUGGAAUCACGGGCCCAGCUUAUGAUGCCUCCCAUGCCCUUGGAGGUACGCUCGCUGCUGCAAGCAUCUGUGAGCCUGGGUUGGAGGUCGUUGAUAAUGUGUGUGGCAAUGCCCUUAGCACAGCAGGUGCAACCUCAUGUGCACCUAACUUUGAACUGGCAGCUGAUUACGACAUGGAUCUUGAGCCUUUGGAUUCUCAAACAAUCAACACAGGAAACUCAUAUGAGUGUGGUCCACAUGUGCCUAGCACAGCCAUAUCAGCUGCAUGUUCAGACUCAGCAACCUCGUGUGAACAAGGUCGACAUGCGCCUACCACAGCCGUAUCAGCUGCCUCUUCAACCUCACCAACCUCGUGUGACCAAGAUGAAGCGUAUGGUGACGCAGAUUCCUAUCCUGUUGAACUUCAAUGGGCGAAUAACCCGGAGGGCCGGACAGAGCAGGCCCAGUAUGCUGUGGGUGAAACCGUGUGGUUUUACCGCGCUGCCAAUCUUGGCGGUGCUGCAGGUGUGGCUGCCCUUCGCCCACAGUGGCGCGAAGGUGUUGUCGUUCGCCAUGAUAUGCAGGAGGGAGGAUUCCUCCUGUAUGAAGUUGAGGCCGAUGAUGGUGGAGCCAAAGCUUCCUUCGCAGAGGCUCAUCUGCGGCCUCGUCACGUUUCCCCUGUGCACGUUUGGCACAACCAGUUUCUGGACCCCGUGCCAGAAGACUGGUACAGGGGUCCAGAGCCAUACCGAGGACCCGCUCGCAAGCGGUAUUAUCGGUGAUGAUCUGUGUAAAUACUAGUACUACUAGUACUGUUCUUUCAAUCUAACGAACACCUCGAUAGGCAUAUUGCCUUUGGGUCAUUUCAUAAUAAUAACAAUUCUCUGCAUCAAUUGUGCCUCUUUUCAUUGUUCUUUUCUGUCCUGUAAAUAAAUCCUUGGCUCUCCAUCAGAGCCUAUUCCCUUUCC